AUGAGUGAUGAUUCGGACAUCGAUGAUGUAGCUCAUAAGAAGCUUCUUCAAUCGAUUCAAACUCCUGGCUCUGUCAAAAAUAAUCGGCUCAAAAAGUUAACGAAGACUAAGAUUGACGCAAGUUCUCUUCUUUCUCACAUUACAGUUUCAAGACCAUCCACAAACAAAGCAAAGCAGAGUCUCGGAAUUGGAGAUCUAGAAGUCACUGAAACGCCAACAGGUCAGAAAGGCAAGAAACGCAAAUCCGAAGCGAGUGGAUCAGAAAAAUCAGCAAGAAAGAAAUUGAAGAGUAAAACGUUGAUUCCUCUCAAAGAUGUGGAAGCUCGUAAAGAAAUUGAAGGAAAAAUUGCUUUCACUGAUUUGAAGAAAGAAGUCACACAAAAUUGGACAGAACUUGUUCAAAGUAACAGAAUUAGUGAUCAGUUAAUCUUCCCUCUCACAAAGCCGGACGGAGUCAUGUGGGGUGAUGAAAAAACUGAACCAGUGUUGACAGAAAAGGAGAUGGAAGUGAUGAAAGCUACGGAUAUAAAAAUGGCAAAAGAACGCCUUUCACAAAUGCAACGAAUGCGCGCAAUCGUCGGAAUCCAGGAAGCGAAGAAUCGCUAUAUGAAGAAGAUCAAGUCAAAAGGAUACCAUCGAAUUUUGAAAAGAGAAAAAAGGAAGCAGCUUCUCAAAGAAUUCGACGAUUUAGUGACUCGUGAUCCCUCGGCCGCACACGAAAAGCUAGCAGAAAUGGAUUUGCAAAGAAUCAUGGAGAGAGGAAGUUUGAAACAUCGUGGACAAAACCAGAAAUUCAAGCAAAUGCUGGAAAAGCACGCCAGUCGUAAUCCAGAAGUCAAGAAACUUUUAGAUGAGCAUUUGAGGUAUUUAUAUCUAGCUAUCCGAUACAAAAUCUCUAUUUCAAUUUGGAAAAUUUUCAGAAUGGGACGAGAGCUGAAGGCAAAAGUAAUUUCGUCUGCUGACGCUGAUAGCGAUGCCGAAGCACCGAACGAAAGUGUCCAAAAAAAGAAGAAAAGCAUUCAUGAUUUACUAAAGGAUGCCGCUCAAGAAGCCGAUGAGGAAUCAAAAAAACAAAUUGGAGCAGCACUUGUCGACUCGUUCCUAGACGAUUCUGAAGCCCAAAAAAUCACCCUUGCUCAAAUGAGAGCCAAGAAACGUCAAGAGGCUGCUGCUUUGAAAAGUAUAUCUGCGAUUACUGGGACGUCUCGAGAAGAAAAUCUCUUCGAUGCUGAUGAAACUUGGCAGACAGAUGAAGAAAAAAAAGAACGAAAUAAAAAGAAGAAAGUGUUGAAAGCAAAGGAAAAGGCUCGAAAAGGAACGGUCGGAAAGGUUUCCUACGUUGACAAAGAUUAUAACCCAAAAUUAGAAGCUCGAAAAGCAGAAACGUUCGAAGACAAAGUUGAAAAAGCGGUACAAGCAGCUGGAGUACAUGCUGCUGAAGAACGUCAAAAAGAGAUUGAGUUGGAUCCGAGCAAGUUUCUAGAGCUGAACAAUAACGAUUUGACUCAAGUGUCGUCUGAUUUUGUCGAAAAAAUGGAUCAGUUUGAUGAAGAGGCAUCUAAGGUUAUCAAUGAAGCCUUCAAGGAUGACGACGUCAUUGCUGAUUUCGAAGCACAGAAAGAAGGUGUAAAAGAAAAAGAACGAGUGAAAGACAUUGAUUUGAAUCUCGCCGGAUGGGGAUCAUGGGUUGGUCCAGGAAUGACAGAAAAGAAACGCCGUCGUAACUUCGUGGUCAAGGCGAAAGAGAAGAAGAGAAAAGAUGGUGAACGUAACGGAUUGAUUAUUGCCGAGAGCAUGACUGCCAAAGAGGGUAUCGGGAAAAUCCAGCCACGUUCAUUACCAUUCCCUUAUUCGCGGGUGGAGGACUAUGAAGCUGUUCUCAAACAACCAUUGGGUCUUGAAUGGAACAUGGAAAAAAUGCGCGAUGAGCUGUGCAAACCUGCAGUUGUUGUUGAGGCUGGAAGAGCAAUUCGUCCCAUCAACAAAAAACACCUUCUUGGAGAGUAA